CGCACUUCUUGCACCUCUCUACCUCGAUUGUCUACGAAGGAGCGCCAUGACUCUCAAAGACGAUUAUGUGAUGACCAUUGACUCCGACACGGAGGAUGCCCCCCUACCAUCGUCAAGCAAGACAGCGAAGUCGGCGCCGACCGGGGAAGAUGCUCAACUCAAUCCCGACUUCGUAUUUGAUCUCACUGGGGAUCCCUACGAUGAAUUUGUGAACGGCUCCGUGGAUGUCGAUGACCUUGUUAAGAGUGGCUCUAAGCCUAGGCCUAUUUCAGUCGACGAUAUAAUAGAGCGACGCAAGCUAAAGAAGUCGCAGACAACAAAGAGGAAGCGGGAUGCCCUUCCGGAGGACGAGGAGGAAGAUGAUACAUCAAUAAGCGAGGGCGACUCGGGAGGAAGCGACGGAGAAAGCGGGGAGGAGGAGAAUGAAUUCGCUGGGUUAGAGGGCAGUGAAGACGAAGAAGAUCCAUUGGCAACAUCGGACGAGGAUGGCGAAUCUGGCAUUGAGGACGGGGAGAAUGACGAGGAAGACGAUGACGUCUCGUUGUCAUCGAACAGCGACUCUGAUGAAGAGACUCAAGCAGAGAAGGAACGGAAGGCAGCUUUCUUUGCUCCAGACAGCGAAAAGGUUGCCACGGACGAGCACUCGUCUUUCCUCUCGAUGAAUCUCUCCCGUCCUAUCAUUAAGUCCAUUACUGCGCUCGGUUUCCAUAAACCAACGCCUAUUCAAGCUGCUACUAUUCCAGUCGCUCUGCUAGGGAAGGACGUCGUCGGCAACGCCGUCACUGGGUCCGGAAAGACAGCGGCGUUCAUCAUCCCAAUGCUUGAGCGACUCAUGUAUCGAGACCGCGGAAAGAACGCGGCUGCAACGAGAUGUCUCGUCCUUGUACCGACGCGCGAACUUGGAGUGCAGUGUCUUGAGGUUGGCAGAAAGUUAGCGGCUCAUACCGACAUUCGUUUCAGCCUGAUCGUCGGUGGGCUCUCUCUCAAAACUCAAGAAGCUGAAUUGCGGACGAGACCCGAUGUCGUCAUCGCUACACCUGGCCGUCUCAUCGACCACUUGCGCAACUCGCCAACAUUCACGCUCGAUGCGCUGGACAUCCUGGUGCUCGACGAAGCUGAUAGAAUGCUUUCGGACGGAUUCGCAGACGAGCUCACGGAAAUCAUCAAGUCUUGCGCGACCUCACGGCAGACCAUGCUGUUUUCGGCGACAAUGACAGACUCCGUGGAUGAACUCGUCCGCAUGUCGCUGAACAAGCCUGUCCGUCUAUUCGUCGAUCCGAAGCGCAGUACGGCGCGUGGCUUGGUACAGGAGUUCGUCCGUGUGCGUGCCGGCAAGGAAGCAGAGCGGUCAGCGCUGCUUGUUGCUUUGUGCAAGCGCACGUUCAAGUCUAGGACCAUCAUAUUCCUCCGGAGCAAGAAGCUGGCGCAUCAGAUGCGCAUUGUGUUUAGCCUGCUCGACAUGAAGUCCGAAGAGUUGCACGGCGACCUCAGCCAAGAACAGCGUCUCAGGGCGCUGCAACAAUUUAGAGACGGAGCGGUGGACUAUCUGAUGGCUACCGACUUAGCCUCGCGAGGUCUAGAUAUCAAGGGUACCGAGACUAUCAUCAAUUACGAUAUGCCAUCACAGCUGGCCCAGUACCUUCAUCGUGUUGGACGUACAGCCCGAGCUGGAAGGAAGGGGAGGUCGGUCACAUUGGUCGGGGAGUCUGAUCGCAAGUUGCUGAAGGCGGCCAUCAAGCAUGCCGGGGCCGAAGACUCCGUCCGACAUCGACAGGUACCCGCCGAAGCCAUCUCCAAAUGGGCGGCGAAGCUCGAUGCUCUCAAGAAGGAAAUCGCGGAGAUCCUCUCGGAGGAGAAGGAGGAGAAGCAGCUUCGCCAAGCCGAAAUGGAACUCAAAAAGGGACAGAACAUGAUCGAGCACGAAGAGGAGAUUUACUCGAGACCGGCUAGGACAUGGUUCCAGUCGGGCAAAGACAAAUCGAAGGCACAAGCCUUGAGUAAGGAACAGUACGAGACUGGUACUUCUGGUACUUCUGGUGCCCCAAAAAAGGGAAAAGAAAAGAAAACAGCUGAUGACAAGCCCAAGCGAGACAAGUAUGCAGGUCUCUCCCGACGUGACAAGCGUCGCAAGAUGGCAAUGGAGGAAGACGAUGCCGGCGGUGAGAGCGGCGCCAUCCGUGCUGCGGUGCGCUCCGCAAAGAAGGCAGCCCAGCCCGCAAAGAUCGGGGAGCCCGAGCGGCGGCCGGCGGCGAUCAGCAAGAAGAGGGAGAAAAAUAAGGAGCGGAAAUUAAGGGGAAGGCGGCCGCGCGCAUUGGUGGUGCCUUCGACAAGGACUUAGGGCAGAGAAGGGCGAAGGAAGGCGUCAGGGCGAAGAAAGGGGACGUUAUUGGUGGGAUGGGGAAGAAGAAAGGAGGCAAGAGGAAAGCCAAGUAGAUACCGGAUCAGCUUUGGGUUGUCCCUGCAUGCACUUACGAUGGAGUCCGUUCAUUGGGGGUAGGUUGAUCGCCCAUACGUGCGGACAAACGCUCGCUG